AUGGAGGGGGAGGAUAAUUUUGUGGCUCUGGUUCAUUGCUCUGGAAAAAUUCAAAAGAGCAAAAGGCAUGAUGUGAAAUUCACAGAUAGAGAACCGCUUAGUAUUUUUAUCCGAUCGUCGAAUACGUUGGCAGAGAUUAAGCUAAGCAUAUUACGGAAGCUCGAUACCUGUGGGACGAAAUGGGUAAAAAAGUUAUUUUACAAGAUUCCUAUUGCCGUUGUGUCAACUGGUGUGAGAUAUGAGACCUUCGUGAUCGGGUCGGAUGAAGACCUGCAGGUCUUGUUUCACUGCAGGCGUAGUUUUCCGGAGGUGAGGAUACCUGAGUUGCUUGCGAAGUUGGAAGAUGGUGUGGAUAGCUCUGGGGCAUCGGCACCGAAUCCUCAGUCGACCACAGCCGGUGGUGCAUCAACAUCGAUGCCUGUGGUAGCAACGGCAGUUCCGAUUCCUGAGCCCGAACAUGCUGGCGCUGUUCAUGCAUAUGUUGCUCCUGUUGUGGCUGAUUUUGAAUGUGAUGCCGGACCGGAUCAAGUUGAGAAUGCACUGUGUGACGAUGAUUCGGAUGAGGAGCCUGUCGAUAUUGGUGGGGACAGUGUUGAUGAUAUUCCAAGAGGAACACGUUUAACCCGUGGAGGUUCCGGUUCUGGAACACAAGAGUACCCUUCCCACCUCUCUUCUUUGAAUUUGGAAGCCAUCGGCCAACACCAGAAUGUAGAUGCAACAUUCGAUGGGCAGGGGAUGCAUGAUGGGACACCUCUGACUGAAUUUCAGAUUGGCCAAUCGUUCCAGAGUAAAGAAGAAGCCGUGUUGAGUGUAAAAGAUUACAGUAUUCGGCGUGGAGUUGAGUACAAGGUUAUAGAGUCCGACAAUCUGAAAUACCAAGGGAGAUGCAAAGAGUUUGGUAACGGGUGCACGUGGUUGAUUCGGAUAGUCAUGCGGAAAAGGGAGAGCACAUGGGAAGUUAGGAGGUACAACGGUCCGCACACGUGUAUGGCCACAUCGAUAUCAAGCGACCACAAGCAACUUGAUUAUCAUGUCAUCUGUGCGAGAAUCUUUCCAUUGGUUAGAGCUGAUGCGUCGGUGUCGAUUAAGGUGUUGCAAGAGGCAACAGAGGCGACAUAUGGAUUCAGGCCUAGUUAUCGGAAGGUGUGGUUGGCGAAGCAGAAGGCAGAAGCGCAGAUAUAUGGCGAUUGGGAGGAGUCAUAUGCUGAUCUGCCUCGAUGGAUCCUUGGGGUCACAUCCACGAUGGAAGGUUCCGUUGCUCUGCUGAAGACCUCCUCGGUUAGAGUAGGUGACCAAGUUGAUGAAGAUAGAGUCUACUUUCAUCGGAUGUUUUGGACAUUCCCUCCGUGUAUUGAGGCAUUCCGCCACUGUAAGCCGCUCGUAAGCAUCGACGGAACACACCUCUAUAGCAAGUAUGGCGAGACAUUGUUGUUGGCGAUCGCUCAGGAUGGUAACUCGAAUAUUUUUCUUGUUGCGUUUGCACUCGUGGAGGGAAAAAUGCAGAGUCUUGGUCAUACUUUCUUUCGAAUCUUAGAAGACAUGUCACUCCACAGCAAGGUAUUCUCAUGA